UCACAUCUCAGUGAUCUCACCAUGUGCGAUUGUGCGAUUGUGCGACAGCUGCCCCGAGCAUCUCGUACAAGACAAGCAGGCAAGCAUCACAGUCACAGAUGCCGGCUCGUCUCAAGCGAAAACGUCCUUCGGGGGAAUUGGACCAACCUGCCAGUGCGACUACCAUCACUGCCGUUACUACCCCAGCAGUAUCGCGGCGAGCGACACGCCAGAGCUUUAUUCCCCCACUCCCUGUUCUCCAAGAUCCAGAACCGCGACGACGUCGUCGUCGACCGGAUUUAGAUGGCCAGUCUGCCGGGAAUUCGCAGAUUUCCAGCUCCCCACGCGGGAAGGAGAACAUGCCCCUGCACGCAGAGCAGCUGCACGAGCCUGCGCAAAACGUGAAGAUGACGCCGCCCGCGACGCGCUUGACUCGACAUAAAGCCAAUCUCGACGAGCCGACAGUUGCUCCGCGCCUUUCUCACUCUUCCAACCUAAACAUCCAUCACCCGAAAUCUGCAAGCAUCCCCGCUUCUGCUCAGAGAAUUCUGUUAUCCGAACCAGAUACACAGCCAGCGACCCGGGGGCCUGGGAGACCCCCGUCGAAAGCUAUCGAUCCAUUCAUCCCCCACCAGUCCGUCUCGCUGGGACGCAAUAAGCCGAUAAUCAUGACGACGUCAGUGGUACAAUCAGGUCAGACCUCCAAUUCGAAUCCGAACGGUACGAGCGAUGGCGCGACCAGGGGCACCGACAGCGCAGCGAAGUCAGACCGGAAUAUAGACAAGGUCGUACUAGGCGACAUAUGCUUCCGCGCCUGGUACGCCUCAUACUACGGCAAGGAGAUGCUGAGUGACUUCUCGGGGAGCAGCAGCACAAAGGGCGAGAACGGUGCAAAAACCAAUGGCAGCAGGAGCGCAUCCCAACAACAACACGACCACGACGGGAAACCUGAUAGCAACGGAGGGACAGCACACGGACGACGGGACCGCGAUAACCACCAGCCUAUGCUGGAUAGGCUCUAUGUGUGCCCGUGCUGCUUCAAAUACUCAAAGGAACUGGUCACAUGGUGGGAGCAUGUCCGCUGGUGUGAGCGGCGGGGGGUUGUUCCGGGCAGGAAGAUCUACACGCACCCCAAGGGCAAGCGAACUGUGCUCGUUCCAUCCGGGCCGCCGCCGAAGCAUGGGAGGGGAAAGCGCGGUCAUGUCGGGCAGAAGAUGGUUCAAGAGGUUGUGCAGGAUGAGGGGGAGUGGAGCAUCUGGGAGGUUGACGGCCAAGAGGACGUGCUCUUCUGCCAAAACCUCUCGCUCUUCGCCAAGCUCUUCCUCGACAACAAGUCCGUCUUCUUCGACGUGACGGGCUUCAACUACUUCCUCCUCGUCUACAGCCCGCCGGCCCAGGCGACGACGACGACGGCAACGGCAACCAACACCGCCGCGGCAACCCACCCCGUCGCGACAACAACAACCCAGCCGCGCAACCAAAUCGUCGGUUUCUUCUCCAAAGAGAAAAUCUCCUGGGACAACAACAACCUCGCCUGCAUCCUCGUCUUCCCGCCCUGGCAACGCAAGGGCCUGGGCUCGCUCCUAAUGGGUGUCUCGUACGAGAUCUCGCGCCGCGAGGGCCUGCUGGGCGGGCCCGAGAAGCCCAUCUCGGACCUGGGCAAAAAGGGGUACAAGCGUUUCUGGGCAGGCGAGAUCGCCCGCUGGCUGCUCACCCUCCAACCACAACGCCUUUCAUCAGGCAACGGCCAUCACCAAGGAGGAAGAGAUGACCAACAAAAGGAACCUGUCGUCGUCGUCGACAUCGAGACAUGCAGUCAAGCGACUUGGAUAGCGCCCGACGACUGCCUGCUUGUGCUGAGGGAGAUGGGCGUUGCAGAGGAUGCAGGCACGGGUCCGCCGCCUCCGCCGGCGGCAAGACAACUUCCACCUUUACUGAGGGCGAGGGAAGAGCCGAAAGCAGCAGCAGCAGCAGAGGAAAACAGCAAUGAGGCUGCUGCUGCUGGCACAUCCCCGCCACCGCCGCCGAACAAGAUGGUGCCGCGGGUCCGCAUCUCCCAGGCCGCCGUCCGGGCGUGGGUCGCAGCCAACAAGAUCAGUCUCGAGCGGGCGUGUGAUCCGGAUGGGUUUGUGGAAGGGUAUGCUCUUAAGGGGAGUGGGCAUGCAUCCUUGGAGGAGGCUGUCUGAGUGCAAUUAUAAGGUACAUUGGGGUUUUCUGCGGUGGGUUUCUGAGCAUCGGCCAUAGGUUUUCUCUUUGGAGGAUACCGCUUCAUUGGGUUUGCCAAUUGGUGGAGAGUUGCCACGUUUCAUCACUGUUCGAUUAUGCAUGACGGAGGAAUGCGUCUGGUUGUUUAUGGUCUGGAUCUUAUACCCAAUGCAAGUGAGAUUCAAGAGCCGUCGCUUGCUUUGUGUUGCUGUUCGCUACUUGGAUGUUGUGUGAGUUGUAGCGAUGAUUGCGGUGUGGGAAUGAUGCUCUCAGGGUUACUCCUAUAAUCGAUUGUGCAGGUACAUUGUUUCGAUUUGAUAAACCUUCUGUGGCAGGGGGUUGUCAAUCAUAGACAUGAACAAGAGACUCUAGUCCUGUGUCCGUCUUGUUUGAACCUAGUUGAGCUUCAUCGUAGAACCAAC